CACACACACACACACACACACACACCUGUGGGUGAGUAAACAGCUGAGAACUGGGUCUAACCUCACACACGGCCCGACCCACACUCCAGUUCCACCAGAGACUCGGUGAGAGAAACCAGCAGCUUCACAGCUGGACCUGCUGGUAGGAUCCAUACCCAUGAAGGUCUCAGGGGUCUGGAUCUGGAUCUGGUCUAAGUUUGUCUCAGAAAAGGCAGCACAUAACCCACAGAGACCCAUGACCAGUUGACCCAGACCCAAUGAGAUCCCAGGUUGAACCAGAACCAGGAGCCAACGUUAACACAGCAGGCCUUGGUGGUCUGCAGAGCUGGACUCUCAGGCCAUCAUGAAACUGUCAGCUUUGAUAGCUGAGCAGAUCUGUAGCAGAGCAUCGGUGGUCCAGUGGGGGACACCUCCAACCACAGCGGCCUCCCCUGACGGGAAUCCACCUGCCGCAGUCUGGAGCGCGUUUACGCUCGAGUAAACACGAGGCAGCACAAAGCAAACAGCUAGUCUUCUUCAGCAAACAUGAGCGCACACCAGGAGGGAGCCCGUUUUCCUCCCAGCAGCUGAACGAGCCGUCGGCUGAAUAAAAGCUGCACCAAACCCAGAAAUGUGCUAAAUGAGCAGAACUUCUGUUUUGGUCAGAAUGAGCCCACCAGCUGAUCCCUCCUGCUCAGAGGUGCGAAGAUCAGCAGGUCUGAUUAUUUCUGCAGGGAAGCGGACACUGGGUCCGAUGGGAUCCCAGUUUGUUUGCUGAACAGAGCACUUGGCUGCUCUUAAUGACCCAUAAUCCUCAGCGAGGCCUUGAAUCAGAGCUUUGGAGGGUGGAGUCUGCUGCCACAGAGGAAAUGAGUUAACACGAUUCAAUUACACACCACAGCCAAUCCAAUUAUGUAGUUAGCCCAGGCACAGAGGUCGCCUGGAAAGCCCAGAUCCAGGUGGGAGCAACGAGACCCCGACCGCUCCUUUAACAAACAGCAGCAACACGACGGGACAGAACCAGAACAAGCUGAUAAAACAAACAGUCUGCAGAAGUGGACGUCAGGUUCCUCUCUGCAGGUCUCAGCCAGAACCCACCUUUAGCUGGGGUUCAUGUAACCUGGUGCAGAAGCAUUCAGAACUUCCAGGUUCUGUGCGGACGGACCUGCUGGUGUCCCGGAGAGGUUUUCUCUAAGAAAACCAGCCUCAUGAGAUAAGGCCGAGCUCUUUUUGUCCUCCACUGGAAUGUUCUGAUAAAUGUUUAUCGGACCUUUAGAAAAGUUUCCUCAUCCUGACUGGAAAGCUGCAGGUUAAAAUCCGGACAACAUGUUUACUAAUCUGUGGAAUUUAAUCUGAGUCAUCCUGAGGUGUGAUGAACACACGGUCAUGUGAUCAGGCUGCAGGGUCAACAUCAGGUCAAAUGCUCUGGAAAGGUCCAGAAUUCUGGUUCUUCUGGACUCAGCUGAGCUGCAUUUGUAUCAGUGAGCUCUGGGAAGAGUUCUGAGAACCCUUGAGCCCCUCCGCUGCAGCCAUGAGGCCCACCUCCCUCGGAGGCUGUGGUUCCAGGGACUCCAUGCAGGUGCAGAGGUGAUGGAGCUUUUCCUGCUGUAGGUCCUCAUCUCUGGAAUGAGUUCCCUCUGCACGUUAGGCAGGCUCCUUCACUUCCUGGUUUGUUCCUCUGUGGCCUUUAACCCCUGUGAGACCCCGUAAAUGAUCUCAUCUAAACCAUCCAAAUUUAAUUUGACACCUUUAUGUUAGACCAGUUUUUAUGCUUCUUUGUUCAGCCUGUUCUUGUUUUAGUAGAGCUUUAGAAACAAACUGAGUCCAGGGCGGUCGGGGGCAUGAGAGGCAGGAGAACCCAUUAUUAGCGUAUUUUUCAUGCGUGAAUGUUAAACCAGCCUCCAGUCACUAGGUGGCAGCAGUGCUCGGACUAAUCUACAGGCGGCCUGUUGAACCCAGCAGAAGAAGCAGCUUAAGGAGCCAGAUUUAUACUUCUCCAUCGGCUCCACAAGGGAUAGACACACACGCAAUAACGAUAUUUAACCUUUGGACUUCUCCGUCACCUGCCAGGACAACAGAGGGCGCUCUUCUGGGGUAUCCUGCCACCACUACAGUCAUGGAUCCAGUCUAAGAUGCGGAGAAGAGGUGAGGAUCCAAACGGGGCGAGGAAGACAGGCAGCCAGAUCAGAACAUUCUAGAUCUUAGGAGCAGAGGAGGAGUGACAACAUGGACCAAGCGCGGAGUCACUCAGCAGCCAGAACACCGGGGACCGGGUCCAGAUCAACCAGAACCUUCUGCAGAACACCGGGGACUGGGUCCAGAUCCAGACUCUCACACAGAACCAUGUUGUUCUCCAGCAGAACCCUGCAGAACUGGUUCUUUGCCGUGGUCCUGCUCUGCUCUCCAGUCCCUCAUGACGGACGUCCUCUGGACGCCAUAAGCAGCAGAACGAGGCGCUCUGUGAGUCACACCCAGCUGAUGCACGACAAGAGCCGAACUCUGCAGGACUUCAGACGACGCAUGUGGCUCCAGGAGCUCCUGGGGGUCAUCCACACGGCUGAGGCCCACCACCUGGAGACCGGCGGGGGCAGCGGCCUGUUGGGAGCCAACCCGAGCACCACUGGCACCACCCUGCAGUCCAAAAGGCCAGGUGGAAUCAAGAACCUCCCCAUCAGCGCGCAGCUGGAGGAGGAGGAGACCGUCAAGUACAACGACAGCAUGAUGAAGAGUCCGGGCAGGAGGAAGAAGAAGGCAAGGAGCGGGAAGAGGAGGGAGGGGGAGAAGAGGAAGAGGCGGGCACGCUCCUUAAGAACCCGGCUGGAGGAGAAAACCGGAAGUGGACUCCACCGGAGGUGGAGGUCUCUGCUCGGCUCGUAGUGAAACGCCGUCAGUCUCUGACAAAGAACCUUUUUGGACAGAACCUUUUUGGACAGAACCCUCUGGACGGGCCCAGCUGAUAGUUGGAUAAAUAUAAAUAUUUAUUGCUUGUAAAUAUUCUGAAUAUAUCAGAUAUUUGAUAUAUUUCCUUUUUCCUCUUCUGUUUGGUUUAGUUUGGUUAUUUAUUUUGUCUAAAAGUAUUUAUUUGUAAACGUGGAGGUGCUGCUGACGUCUAUAUUUUUGUACCAUAAUGCACUUUAGAUAUGAAUCUAAAUAUCUAAACUAUUGAUGAAGAAAACUUCUGUCCUGCUCCUCUUUGUUUUGAUGUCUCCUGUUCUCCUUGAAGCUGUUUGUGUUUGUUUAUUUUAUAUUUUGUUUGUUAAGUCUUCUGAGUCCAUAUCCUGCUCUGCUUCUCGCUGCCAAAGUUCAGAUCUGUACAUAAAACAACAACUCGUUGCUCGUCUUUGGCUCUUGCACUGACACGAACGAUCUGUACUGAAUAAAUUAAAUAUUUGUCGUAUCCAGA